CAAAACCACCUCUUUCUUCAUACAUUUGUAUUUUAUCAAUUAUUAUGAUUAUGAUUACCAAACAAUAUAAAUAUAAUAUUUAAAUCUCAUCUUGUUUACAGCUUUUAAUACUUCGUUUUUUUUUUUAUUUCUCCAAAACAAAACUUUCAACAAUAGUAUGCUUAAAUUCUGACCAAACUUAUUACCUUCCACAUUCAUCAAUGGCGGUUUCUCCAACCAUCGUCUUUCCUCAACGACGUCGUCGACCAUCUCCAGCUUCAUUUCUCUCUCCGCAACUUUCCUCCAUUGAUCUCCUUCGCUCUCUGUAUUCUCUUUCCACCGAGAUAUCUUCGAUAGAUCCGCCUCGCAUUCUAUUUAAGAAGAAUUCAUCUUCUUUCGUCCGGAAAUGCUGCCUUUUAUCGAUGAUUUUCGAAGAUAUAUUUUUUCAAGUGAAUACUUUAAAGUUUCUGUCUCCUUCUUUGAUGCUUUGCUUUGAAGAAAUGUUUAUUGUACUUCAACGAAUUAAAGCUUUGAUUGAAGAUUGCUCCAAUGGCGGAAGUAAGUUAUGGCUUUUAAUGCAAAUUGAAUCGAUUUCAAUCACUUUUCAGGAGUUGACUAUGGAUUUGUGGACUUUGCUCGAAAUCCUUCCCGCAAAGGAGCUUAAAUUGAGCGAAGAUGUUGAUGAAUUGCGUAAUUUGAUGAUCAAACAGUGUUGUAAAGAUAAAUUGUUAGUUGAACCGAAUGAUAAUGGGUUGAGAUUUGAGCUUUUAUCUAUGCUUGAUUUGAUUAAGAAUGAAAUUGUUCCGAAUCACUCAAAACUCGCUGAGUUGUUUUCGAAACUCGGAAUAAGGGACUCAGCGAGUUGCCGGGAUGAGAUUGAGUGGUUAGAGGAUGAAAUUCAUUGUCAGAACGACGAGAAGUCAAAAUCCGAUAUUGUAUCGCUAAUUGGACUCGUAAAAUAUACGAAAUGCGUUCUUUUCAGCGCUUCUUCUUCGAGUAGUUCAAAUUCAAUCUCGGACGAAAAUUUUCAGUUCCGCCGAAAUUCUUCGUCGGAGAUGAAUAUUCCGUCGGAUUUUCGUUGUCCGAUAACGCUGGAUUUAAUGUCGGAUCCUGUCGUUGUGGCCACCGGACAGACGUACGAUCGAACCUCAAUCGUUCUUUGGAUCGAAUCAGGUCACAACACAUGUCCUAAGACGGGUCAAACCCUAGCCCACACAAACUUAAUUGCAAACAGGGCGUUGAAGAGCUUGAUUGCUAUGUGGUGCAGGGAACAUAGAUUUCCUUAUGCGGCGGGUGAAAGUAGUGAGGGAUUAAAUGGCGUUUCAAAUAAGGGGGCGCUAGAAGCAACAAAAAUGACAGUGUCGUUUUUAUUGGGAAAGUUAGGUUUGUGUUUGUAUCCGGUUGAGAUGGUAAACCGGGUUGUGUAUGAGCUUCGUGUCUUUGCUAAGACGGACUCGAAUAGUCGAGCUUGUAUGGGGGACGCUGGGGCAAUUCCUUUGUUAGUGCGUUAUCUAGGUUCAGAGCAUCGGGAACUACAAGUUAAUGCAGUGACAACUAUACUUAAUUUGUCGAUACUUGAGGCAAACAAGGCUAAGAUUAUGGAGAUGGAUGGGGCUUUAAAUGGGAUUAUUGAAGUGUUACGUUCGGGUGCUACUUGGGAGGCUAAGGCGAAUGCAGCUGCUACUAUAUAUAGUUUGUGUGGGUCGAGUGUUUAUAGGAAAAGGAUUGGAAAGAAGAUUCGUGUUAUUAAAGGAUUACUUGAGCUUACAAGAGAAGGGCCCACAAGCUCUAAACGGGAUGCCAUGGUGGCAAUAUUGGCCUUAGCUGGUGAUAGAGAGACUGCAGGGAGACUAAUCGAAGGUGGAGUGGUGGACAUGGUAAAGGAGGUUAUGGACGAGUUACCCGAAGAAGCAAUGACUAUUUUAGAAACUGUGGUUAAGAAAGGUGGUUAUGUUGCAAUUGCUGCGACUAGCCACUUAAUCGGAAGACUAGUAGCCGCACUGAGAAAUGGCACGGAUAGAACAAAGGAGAGCGCAAUUGCCACUCUUGUAAUUAUUUGUCGUAAAGGAGGACAGGACAUAGUGACCGAGCUAGCAAGAAUAACGACCAUCAAGAUGGUUAUAUGGGAGUUGAUGGGCAAUGGCACUGCGAGGGCUAAGAGAAAAGUUGCCUCGCUUAUGCGAAUACUCCGAAGACAGGCAACUGUUUUGGAAGGAGAUGUCUUAGAUGAGUUCUCCAUGACCGUAGCAUUGCAAUAGUAUAUGUCAAUUGUCAAUACUCAAUAUACUCGCAUAAUUGUAAAAAAAAUCCAAAUGUAGGAUGUGAAAUCCUAUGCUUUUUUCAUGUUUCGUUCCCUUUGAUUUCAAUGUACAUGGUUUCCUCAUCAUAUUGUAUACAAAUCUUGUCAAUAGCCACUUUUGGUGUGUUUAUAAACGUUAGAUAGACUUUGUUUGUUAAUGAAUAUAUUGAUUUCGACAAAAA